UUUACGGUAAAGAUGGCGUCCUUCUCUUCAGGAGGACGAGCAUUGACUCUUUGCAAAUAUUUAAAAAAUGCUUGUACGAUAUCCUUAAACGCUCGGAAAUGUGUUUCAAAUGUAUCAAAAUUCCAACCGCAAAUUUACAGCCUCCAUAAAACGGUGGCUCCACCAUACAGUCCGACGUCCAGUCAGGGUCAGUGUCGCAGUGUGUACACAACCGUCUGCAGAAGAGGACUCGAUGAGUUCUUUGACGCGUCAGAAAACUGGGGUGAAUCCACAGUUAAAUCUGGAGCCCCAUGGACAGCCAAACUGCUGAGGGCAAAAAGUAAUGAGGAUUUACAUAAACUCUGGUAUGUGCUGCUCAAAGAAAAGAACAUGUUGCUCACUUUAGAACAAGAGGCAAAAAGGAGUCGAGUCCAGAUGCCGAGUCCAGAGCGACUAAGGAAGGUGGAACGGUCAAUGAUAAGGCUUGACACAGUGGUGAAAGAAAGGGAGACAGCGCUGCGUCUUCUUCAAACUGGGCAGGAAAAAGCACGGCCAGGAGCCUGGAGGAGAUCUGUAUUUGGAUAUGUCUACUGGUACAGAUUCAGAGAGCAUGCAAUUCCUUGGUACAUGAACAGAAGAUACAAACGCAAGAGGUUCUACACACCCAAGUUUGUUGAACCAUACAUCAGGCUGCGGAUAGAGAAGAGCAUGAAAGCCAACUACAGGAAAGAGAGACGUGAGAGAGAAGCUCUGGCCAAACUGAAGGAGAAGUUUCCUCACAUGAAGGUCCCUGCCUCGUGAAAAUAUGUAGGGAAGAAACUGCAGAGCAUUUGAUGUGGAGCGGUAAAGUGUUGAAAAAAAUAAACAUAACGCAAAUUGCUUGUUUAUACUUGAGUUGUCAUUUC